GGGUCCACGUGGCAAAACGGGACAAGCCAGUUUACAUAAACCACAGAGAUUCACAAAACCCAGCAGUCACUUUACUCUGGCUAUGGCUCUGAAGUUUGACGCAACAAAAAAUCUUAACCUAUGUGGCCAUGGCUCUCCCUUCUCCAUCUCGCCGCCGUUCAAUCUCCGAAAUGUUCCUUUCAACUCUCCCAGACUCUUCAAAUGCUCCCUGACCCGGAAAAUUUCACGCAUUUUUGGGUCGGCUCUGGUUGAUGAACAGCGGCAAGGACGAGAAGAAGCUUCCUUCACGGAGCAAGAGAAGCAGCUGGUUGAGGCGUUGAUAGGUAUCCAAGGACGAGGAAAAUCGGCUUCGCCUCAGCAACUCAAUGAGGUGGAGCGGGCAGUGAAAGUUCUUGAAGGUCUGGAAGGCGUGCCUGACCCAACAAGCUCUAGUCUAAUUGAAGGCCGGUGGCAAUUAAUGUUCACAACUAGACCAGGAACAGCAUCUCCAAUUCAGAGAACAUUUGUUGGGGUUGACUUCUUUAGUGUGUUCCAAGAGGUAUAUCUUCGGACCGACGAUCCACGUGUAUCGAAUAUUGUAAAAUUCUCUGACUCCAUAGGUGAGCUAAAAGUAGAGUCUGGACUGCACAACAGAGACUGUUGGAUGAGGGGUGGUCCCCUCCAUAUUGGGGGCCCUCUCCCAUCUAACCAUCCCUAUUUUGCAGUCUGGACUGCAAAACAGAGGACUCAUGCAGCAGCAUCAAUCAAAGAUGGAAAACGAAUCCUGUUCCAAUUUGAUAGAGCAGCCUUUUCUUUUAAAUUUUUGCCAUUUAAGGUGCCAUACCCAGUGCCCUUUAGACUUCUUGGAGAUGAAGCAAAGGGUUGGCUGGACACCACAUAUCUGUCCCCUUCUGGUGACCUUCGUAUCUCAAGAGGAAAUAAGGGCACCACAUUUGUGCUGCAAAAGAAGACUGAACCAAGGCAAAAUUUGCUAGCAGCUAUUUCCACAGGAACUGGAAUUAAAGAGGCAAUUGAUGAGUUUAUCUCAUUAAAUCAGAGUACAGCUACAGAUGGAAAAGAACUUUUGGAGGGAGAAUGGCAGAUGAUAUGGAGUUCACAGGUAGAAACUGAUAGUUGGCUAGAAAAUGCAGGCAAUGGUCUUAUGGGGAAACAGAUUGUUAAGGAUGGACAGUUGAAGUUUACAGUUAAUAUGUUACCCGGAGUCAGAUUCUCCAUGAAUGGCAAAUAUGUGAAAUCUGGCACAAAGACAUAUGAUAUUACCAUGGAUGAUGCAGCCAUUAUAGCUGGUCCUUUUGGGUAUCCCGUGGAGAUGGAAACCAAGAUCAAUCUUGAGCUUCUGUAAGAUCUCUCAUCCAAUUUUCCAAUACCGUAGCCCGUAGGUUGAAAGAAAUUACUCCAGUCAAGAAUUUUCUCUACAAUCUUAUGGUUGCUGAAAAACCAUUGCAGAUACAAUGAUGACAAGAUCAGAAUUUCCAGGGGCUACAAUAAGAUUCUUUUUGUGCACAUACGAACAGAUGGAUCAAAGCAGCUAAAGAAUAGAAAAUGAGCAACUCUAGGGAAACCAACGUUAGCUUGUUGCAGAAAAUAGCAAACGAGCCUGUAAGCAGUUCAAGGCAUAAAAGAUCCAAGUAUUGUAUAUUCUUAAUUAAAGGUCCUAGAAUUACCAAGAAAAUCUACACUAAAACCUUGUUCUUGCUGGGGAAUUUCCAAAUGGCAAUGUAUGUGGAGAAGUUGCAGUACAACCAGCUGAACAAUAAUAGUUGCCUCCAUUAAAACUUUUAACUAUGAUCAACAGAUUGUAGCUGGCUCAGAAAUGGGAUCUUCUGUACCUGUGCUGUGUUAUGCAAACAAUUUGAAACAGAUUUAGAACUCUAUUUGUUGUAGUGUCAUCUCAAACGUCAAGAGAUGGGAUAUGUAUUCUCGGCAAUAGGAAAAGCAAAAGCACUCAAGAUGCCAACAGUUGCUAUCAUCCAGGGCCAGUAUCAAAAGAGAAAACAAGGAUAUGCAUAAGCAAGAGCUCACUUGAAAUUUAUGUG